GGCAGCGGGAGCCGCGUCCGCCCGCCCGCGGCGGCAGCGCCUGGGCCUGAGCGCCGGCCCCGGGCCGAGGCGGCGGCGGCGGCGGCCACCGGAGCGCGGGGGCCGAGCGCAGGGGCCGGAGCGAAGGCGCGGAGGGAGGGCCCCGGCCGCCCUGCCCUCCGCCCUCCGCCGCCGCGCCCGCCCGCGCCCCCCGCCCCGCGCCGCCCGGCAUGGACGGCGGCGGGGGCGGCCCCGAGGGCACCGGCCUGGAUAAAAUGCUCGAGGGCUCCGCUUGCUGCCGAGGAUCCCUCCCCGCCCUGCCCCUGCCGUGAUCCCGACCCCCGCCAGGACCCCCGACCCCGCCGGGCUCCGAUGGAAGAGGCGCCGGGCCGGAGCAGCCCCCCCGGGACGGAGGGCGCCCCAUGAGCCCCCCCAGAUGAGCCACGCAGCCAAGGGGGAGCCCCCCGGGGCCGGCAUGGCGCAGGAGGGGCCGCCCGCCUUCUACCCCAGCCAGGAGCUCGACCUGUCCACCAAGGUGUACAAGAGGGAGUCAGGGAGCCCCUUCUCGGUGCUGGUGGACAGCAAAGGGAGCAAGGGCCACCUCCACGAGAGGGAGGAGCAGCCGUUUUUCAGGGAGAGCAGAGCGGUAGGAGAGGUCCGGGCUGUGAAAGAAGACAGGGAAAACUCUGACGACUCUGAGGAGGAGGAAGAGGAGGAAGAUGAAGUGACUUACAAAAGGGAGCAGAUUAUAGUGGAGGUAAACCUUAACAACCAAACCUUAAAUGUGUCCAAAGGGGAGAAGGGUGUCCCCUCCCAGUCCAAAGAGACUGCUGUCCUUAAGAGCAGCAGUGAGGAAGAGGAGGGUGACAGUGGGGAAGAGGCCACGGAAGACAGUAAUGAUUAUGAGGAGAAUGAGAGGCAGAAGAAAAAGGAGAAAAGAGUGGAGAAGGUUAGUGUUGGCCAGAGGAGAAGCAGGAGAGCCGCCUCUGCCGCGGCCGCCGCCGCCUCGCCGGCGCCCCGAGCCACGCGGGGCCGCAGGAAGAGCGCGGAGCCCCCCAAGCGUAAGAAGAAAGCUGCAAAGGAGCCCAAGGCACCUGUGCAGAAAGCAAAGUGUGAAGAGAAGGAGACUCUGACCUGUGAGAAGUGCCCCAGGGUGUUUAACACACGCUGGUACCUGGAGAAGCACAUGAACGUCACCCACAGGCGGAUGCAGAUCUGCGACAAAUGUGGGAAGAAAUUUGUGCUAGAGAGUGAGCUGUCCCUCCACCAGCAAACUGACUGUGAAAAAAACAUCCAGUGCGUGUCCUGCAACAAAUCCUUCAAGAAGCUCUGGUCGCUGCAUGAGCACAUCAAGAUCGUGCACGGCUACGCCGAGAAGAAAUUCUCCUGCGAGAUCUGCGAGAAGAAGUUCUACACCAUGGCCCACGUGCGCAAACACAUGGUUGCCCACACCAAGGACAUGCCCUUCACCUGCGAGACCUGCGGCAAGUCCUUCAAGCGCAGCAUGUCCCUCAAGGUGCACUCCCUGCAGCACUCGGGGGAAAAGCCCUUCCGCUGCGAGAACUGCGACGAGAGGUUCCAGUACAAGUACCAGCUGCGCUCGCACAUGAGCAUCCACAUCGGGCACAAGCAGUUCAUGUGCCAGUGGUGUGGCAAGGACUUCAACAUGAAGCAGUACUUCGACGAGCACAUGAAAACCCACACUGGAGAGAAGCCCUUCAUCUGCGAGAUCUGCGGCAAGAGCUUCACCAGCCGGCCCAACAUGAAGCGGCACCGGCGCACGCACACGGGCGAGAAGCCGUACCCGUGCGACGUGUGCGGGCAGCGCUUCCGCUUCUCCAACAUGCUCAAGGCGCACAAGGAGAAGUGUUUCCGUGUGACCAGCCCCGGCACCAGCCCCGGCCCCGGCCCCGCCGGCCCCGCGCUGCUGCCCGCGCCCUGCCCGGCCCCCGCGGCCGCCGCGCUGGGGCUGGGCCCGGCCCCGCGCCCCGUCCCGCACCCCUACGGCGCCCUGGCCCUGCCGCCCCACGGGCACCACCCCCACGGGCACCACCCCCAGCACCUGCCCGUGCCCCCCGUGCCCCACCUGCCGCCGCCCCCCGCCCUGUUCAAGAGCGAGCCCCUGAACCACCGCGGGCACGGCCACGGGCACGGCGGCGACGGCUUCCUGCGGCACCUGGACAAGGGCAGCCCGGCACAGCCGCACUGACACCGGCCGGCAGCCAGCUCUGCCAGCUGGGAUCCAGGUUUGGGAUUGGGCUGGGAGCUGGGAUGGGAGCUGGGAUGGGAUGGGGCUGCUGUGAGCACAGGCACAGCCGUGGAUUCCUGCGGCACCUGGACAUGGGCAGGCUGGCACAGCCGCACUGACACCGGCCGGCAGCCAGCUCUGGGAGCUGGGAUCCAGGUUUGGGAGCUGGGAUCCAGGUUUGGGAUUGGGCUGGGAGCUGGGAUGGGAGCUGAGAUGGGGUCUGAGAUGGGAUUGGGCUGCUGUGAGCACGGGCACAGCCGUGGAUUCCAGUGGCACCUGGACACGGGCAGGCUGGCACAGCCGCACUGACACCGGCUGGGGUCAGGGGCCUGGGAUCCAGGAUCCAGCCCUGGGAUCCAGGAUCCAGCCCUGGGAUCCACUCUGGCUCUGGGCUCUGAUCCAGCCCUGGGAUCUGAUCCAGCCCUGGGAUCUGAUCCAGCUCUGGGAUCCACUCUGGCUCUGGGAUCUGAUCCAGCUCUGGGAUCCAGGAUCCAGCCCUGGGAUCUGAUCCAGCCCUGGGAUCCAGCUCUGGGAUCCAGCUCUGGGAUCCACCCUGGCUCUGGGAUCUGAUCCAGCCCUGGGAUCCAGCCCUGGGAUCUGAUCC